AUGCUCGAACGUGGACUCUUGACGCGGAUUCUUUAUCCAGCUCCAGAGCCGAGUUAUUCCUCGGACAGUUUUCCUAACGAGCUCGUAUGGAUUCCAAAAAGAAGCUCGUUGGACGGUGACAUUCCACCGGUCGGAGUUGACAGCGUGCCAUGCUUGUUGUUGACGUACCCUUACAGCAGAUACCUGGUCCUCUUCUUUCACAGCAAUGCGGAGGAUUUGGGCAGAUGCUACUCAUUUUGUCGCCUAUUGCGAGAGAAAUUCCAGGUCCAUGUGCUGGCCGUGGAAUAUCCAGGCUAUGGUCUAUGCCCGGGUGUGGCCACUGGCAAGACAGUGAUGGAGAAUUCGUUUUCUGCUUUGCAUUUUGCGACACAAAGCUUGCAUUGGCCUUUGGACAGCAUUUUGACUUUUGGCCGGUCAAUCGGUACAGGGCCUGCGGUGAAGCUGGCCUCACUUUUUGGUUUUGCUGGAGUAAUCCUGGUCACCCCCUUCCUUUCGGUCGCUGACCUCUUUAAGGACAGGGUGGGCCCGUUGUCGAGUUUUUUUGAAGAGUGGUAUCCGAACAUUGGCCUGGCUUCGAGAAUCAAGUGCCCGGUCUUGCUCAUUCAUGGCAAAGCAGAUAACAUGAUUGGGUUCCACCACGCCGAACUGCUGUACGCUGCGAUCAACACGCGGAAAUUGCUUGUCUCGCCGGCAGCACUAUCGCAUAACACAAACUUAAUGAACGAUGUGAGCUAUCUGAUAUUGCCUGCAACCCACUUCUUCUCGCUUCCGGACUACGUCUUCCAUGACUUACAGGUGCCGCAAUGGGCCUUUGACGCGGAGCGUGCGACAUCCAGACCUGCUUGGUCAUUCUUUCAACGUGAAGGCAAAGCUCUCCUUCAGUUGGGUCAGUUUACAGCAAGACCAUUGGCCGGCAACAUGCCAUCGGCCUCUGUGCCAUGUUGCGGGUCAGGCCAUGCGGCAUCCAGCCUGUGGCCGUCCAUCGGCUGCUGCAGCCGUGCCAGUGUUGACCAGCAUGAAGCCGCAGAGAGUGUCCAGGUUGGCUAUGACUUGGACACAUUGCACCUGCGCGAACCGAAGGGCCAGGACCCUUCUCAUCCCUGGAGCGAUCCAGUGCAGCCGAUCGCAGUCUCGCUGCCGGCUCGACACAAGGAGUUCCAAGAAGAGGAGGAAGUAGCUCCUCACAUGAAUGGUGUGCGUUGGCGAGAGAAGCUCGCUGCAAUCUCCGUUUGA